UUGAAGGUCUAUUACUUACCUGGAGUUCCAGAGGUCUUUCAAAGAACCUUCCAGAUACAGGUGGCUCACCUGGAGCCAGAUAGUAUUACUCUGAAAGGACAGGGAGUUUUCCCUAGAAUUUGCUUGGAUCUGCCCAGAAAUAUUCGAGGCAACGAACGGUACAGCAGUGUCGUCAGAGAAGUGAAGCAGCGAAUAGAACAGGACUCACAGAAAGAUUUCAGCAGUAAUUCUGAAGCAGUGGCUACUGAACCGCCCAUGGAAGAAUCCAUCGCUGCUUUUGAUACACAACUGCAGAUGGAGGUGGAAAGGCUGCUCAUCCGAGAGCACGCUCUGGAGCAGCAGAAGCUGCUGGCUUUUGUUUCAACAGAUGACCCGGCUGCCUGUCAGCGAGCUCGCCGGAAACUGGUCAAAGCCCAGCUCCCUGAGUAUAUCUUAGACUUUGGCUACAUAAUCAUGGGGACCAUCCGAACUCACAUUAUCAAGAUCACCAACACUAGCCACUUCCCAGUAUCCUUCCAUGCAGAUCGGCGGGACCUGCGGGACACAGGUUUCAACACGGAAUUGGAUCGGGUGAAGAACCUGCCUUUCUGCGAGACAGAGACAUUUGAAAUAUGGUUUGACCCCCAGAGUGCCAGCUGUCCCCUUGGAGAGACGGAAGUGCUGUUGCCCAUCAAGGUUGUGGCCGGGCCCACAUUUCACAUCUCUCUCCGGGCCACAGUGAUCAUGCCAUCUCUCUGCAUGUCCAGUGACAAUCUGGAAUUCUCUGCUGUCCAGUGUGGGCAGUGCCAGGUGGAGACCAUCCAGCUUCAUAAUCAGCUGCAGGUUGUGUGUGAGUGGUUUGCCACAAGCAAUGAGCAAAUGAAAAAGGUGGAUAAGCACAUGCCAGUGACCUUGCGUCGGAAGAUGCAGGAGCACAAGGUGAAACCCCAUGUAUUUGAGAUGAUUCCCCCGUAUGGAAUCCUGGCUCCUGGAGAGCGACUCAAUGUGCAAGUCAAGUUUGCACCAAGGGAAGAGAAACUCUACCAUAAUGUCCUGAUCUUGAGCAUUUCACAGAGCACUCAGCAACUGCUGCUGAAUGUCUCUGGGCAAGGUCUGGAGCCACGUCUUGAGUUCAGCCCCUCUCUCCUGGAACUUGGGCCUCUCCUUCCAUAUGGCAUUGGGGAUGAAGCUGAAGUGAUAGUGAAAAACCCAUGCUGUUUCCCUAUUGAGUUCUACUCCUUAGAAUUUGACCAGCAGUAUCUUCUGGAAGAGCGGAUUUUGCGAAUGCUGAAGGGCUAUGAUAACCACAACGUUCUUCUGCUACCUCCUCGCAUCCCUGGAGAGAAGCUGCCUCUUGAGGUGCUGGAAUAUUUUGAGGAGCAAAAGAAGAUUCAAGGCGACCAGGAAGGAUCAAAUCUGGAUAACGAGGAAGAAGAAAGCACUCACAUUUCUGAACAUGGAAUGAGGCCUCACCCUUCAGUUGUGCAAGCAACAACCACAGGGGCCUCUGCUCUUCCUUCUCUUUCGCUCAUGGACGAUAACCGAACGCUCCAGGUGGAAUCCAAAAUUGAUCAGGAGGAAGAAGAGGAAGAAGAGGGCCAAAUGCCAGGGAGUCAACAAAGCCUCACCAAGCAUAAGGAAGCAGUUGGAGAGCUAGACAACAACCCUGUUUCUAAAGCCAUUGCUCGCCAUCUUGGCAUCGAUAUCUCUCCAGAAGGACGGGCUGCCAGGAACCGCAGGGGUAUUGCUAUCAUAAUUCACGGAGCUCCCCUUACAG